AGCUCGCUUCCUAUUGGGUGGUCACCAUGGGGAUUUUAAGUUCUUGCCCCCUCCUGGUUAUGCACCAUGUUAUGAAGCUCUUCUCCCCAAAGACAGAAUGCGCAUUGAGCCCAUUAAGGAGUAUAAACAUGACUUUAGUGGAGUCAGAAACCUGCUGGGCCCCACGCAGUCCCUCACGCACACCUCAUUCACUCCCUGUCCUGUUGACACCGCCCAGAUUGUUCUACUUCCUCAUUUGGAGCGGAUCAGAGAGAAGCUUGCAGAAAAUAUCCAUGAGCUCUGGGCCGUGACCCGAAUUGAGCAGGGUUGGAUCUAUGGAGUGUUCAGGGAUGAUAAUAAGAAGUUGCACCCGUGUCUGGUGGACUUUCAGAGUCUUCCGGAACCCGAGAGGAAUUAUAACCUCCAGAUGUCUGGAGAGACCUUGAAAACCCUCUUAGCUUUGGGAUGCCAUGUAGGCAUGGGAGAUGAGAAAGCAGAGGAGAAUCUGAGGAAGAUCAAACUUCCCAAAACUUAUGUGAUGAGCAGCGGAUACAAACCUGCUCCUCUGGACCUCAGUCAUGUCAAACUAACGCCCAAUCAGAACCAGCUGGUGGAGAAACUAGCAGAAAAUGGGCAUAAUGACAUCUUGAAUAAGCGUAACCCCCGUCUGGUGCCAUACAACCUGCUGGACGAAAGAACCAAGAAGACAAAUAGAGACAGUGUGAACAACGCUGUGCGCACUCUGAUUGGCUACGGAUACAACAUUGAGCCCCCAGAUCAGGAGAGCAGUGGUCAUGGUGUUGAGAACACACGUGGAGAUAAAGUGCGUAUCUUCAGGGCGGAGAAGCAGUAUGCUGUUACCUCAGGAAAAUGGUACUUUGAGUUUGAGGCCGUAACCACAGGAGAGAUGAGAGUUGGCUGGGCUCGACCGAACGUCUGCUCUGACGUUGAGCUUGGUUCUGAUGAGCUGGCCUAUGUCUUUAAUGGAAAUAGGGCUCAGCGAUGGCACAUUGGUAAUGAGCCAUUUGGCCGUCAAUGGCAGUCUGGUGAUGUGGUCGGCUGCAUGAUAGACCUCACUGAAAUGAAUAUUAUGUUCACUCUUAACGGAGAGAUGCUGAUCAGCGAUUCUGGCUCUGAAAUGGCCUUCAAAGACAUUGAGAUUGGAGAUGGUUUUAUUCCAGUCUGCACUUUGGGUCUUUCUCAGGUUGCCCGUAUUAACCUGGGUCAGAAUGUUAGCAGCCUACGUUACUUCGCCAUCUGUGGCCUCCAAGAAGGCUUUGAGCCAUUCGCCAUCAACAUGAAGAGAGACAUCACAAUGUGGUUCAGUAAGAGUCUCCCCCAAUAUGUUCCAGUGCCCACCGACCACAACCACAUUGAGGUCUCUCGUGUUGAUGGAACCGUAGACAGCGCCCCCUGUAUUAAAAUAACCCACAGGACUUUCGGAUCCCAAAAUGCCAACACAGACAUGCUGUUCUUCAGACUAAGCAUGCCUGUAGAGUUCCACCUGACCUUCAAGGUGCCUGCAGGCACCACUCCCCUCACACGAACCCUCACCAUCCCUGAAGAAGAGGUACUGGAGGUGGACCCCCACUCUGACUACGAGGUGCUGAAGAAGUCAGUCAGUCGCAAAGAGCAGGAGGAGAAGGAAAAGGAGCCAUCUGUGCCCAAAGAUAUCCCGGGCAUUAAGGAAAAUGGCAAAGACACUGCAUCCGAGAAAGGAAAGAAGAAAGGCUUCCUGUUUAAAGCUAAAAAGGCAGCCAUGAUCGCUCCUCCUCCACCUCCACCUAUUAUGCCCCGUUUGUUUGAGGAUGUGGUGCCUGACGAUCGUGACGACCCAGAAAUCAUCCUCAAUACGACCACAUAUUAUUACUCGGUCCGUAUCUUCGCCGGUCAAGAACCUAGUGGGGUAUGGGUGGGUUGGGUCACCCCAGACUUCCACAUGUAUGACCUCAGCUUUGACCUGUCUAAGGUCCGUACUGUCACUUUGACUGUUGGAGACGACAAGGGCAACAUACACGACAG